GCUAACGGGCCACUGGAAGAGUGACUGCCCUACGACUGGCCCUCCCUCAGCGUCUCCAUGCGGGGAGCAGGCCGACCCAACGGCAUUACCACUCGAACUGCUGGGAUUGGCUGACGACUGACGGCGCCCGGACUCGAAGACCCCCAUCACCCUCGCCGAGCCCAGGGUAACGCUACAGGUAGCGGUUUCGGCGCUCGUUUGGACUUUCACAAUCACAGAUGACAGCAGAGCCGGCAACAGCGCUAGCUGUGGAGUCUUGGCCCUCUCAUCCGGUCUACGCAAGAUACUGGCAACAUUACCAUCAAGCGAUGGCGUGGAUGCGCUGCCACCAGAAUGCCUAUCGGAAGGCCAUGGAAUCUUGCUUCAUGUCCCCGUGGUACUCUUCUGCCAUGGGCCUUCCCCAGAUCGCUUAUGCUAAGGAGGGCAGAAGGCCUCAGUCCUGCUACGAGCAUCCCCCAGCCUCCUGGGACUCCCACCACAGUCAUUCACAUGCUGGCGGGCGUGGACCACAUCCACGCGGCAGAGAAGAGCCAGCUUGGUACGCAGAGGAGGAGAAGGAGAAAGAGAGCGAGUCCGACGAUGGCGGCAUAGAAUGCGACGUGAGCAACAUGGAGAUCACGGAGGAGCUACGCCAGUACUUCGCCCAAACCGAGAGGCACCAGGAGGAGCGCCGGCGGCAGCAGCAGCUGGACGCGGCGCGCCUGAACGACUACGUGAACGCGGACCACGACCUGUACCGCGACACGCGCCGCCGCUCCGUGCUGCCCCCAGCUGAGCGGCCCGGCGAGCGGCGCCGGGCCGAGAUGCGGCACCUGUACGGGGCCAGCGCCGCCAAGAUCCAGGCCAUGGAGGCGGCCGUGCAGCUCAGCUUCGACAAGCACUGCGACCGCAAGCAGCCGAAGUACUGGCCAGUCAUCCCGCUCAAGUUCUGAGCCGCACCCCUUCCUCUCGCUGUCCCCCCUCCCCCUCUCCCGUGGCUCUUCUCUGGGUAAGGCUGACUAAUGAGCACGUUCACCAAAGUCCCCUGGGGGCGGGGGUAAUGUCAGCCACCUGGAGGUGGGCAGGACGUGUCCUGCCGCCAACACGAGAGAUCUUCUCUUGAGGUAAAGUGGGAAUUUCAUAUACAUCCCACUGGUUUUUAAUGUCAGUAAGAGCGACCAGUUCAUUAAAGUUCUCGCUUGGAGAUACUG